AUGUUGGGCAACUUAGGUUGCGUCUGCCAGUUUUCGAUUUCACUAGAGGUACUCUCGACCGCCUCGCCAAAAUCGGAUUCAGCUACACUAAACUCUGGUUCAGGCAACAAUUAUUCCGCCGGUGCUAUAGAUAAGGGAGAAUCGUCCGUUGUUUUUUGUAUUGUUUCGACCAAUAACUUGUGGAGCGCAAGACUGAGACACCAAAGACAUCUGUUGGACAAGACUCCGCUCGCAGAACCGUACAUAUCCAAUGAAUACACCUCGAAUCCGGACAACCGAGGAUUUGGCCCUAAACUUGGAUUGACCGUACAGGACAACCACAAGCCGGUGUUCACGAGCUGUUUGAAUUACCAGCCCAGCGUCAAGGAAGAACAACCGACCAACACUUAUGUGUUCACCGUCAAAGCGUUCGACAAGGACCCACCGGACAAUGGAGGUACAAUCACGUACACAUUUGUCAGCGCGCCCGGCGAACGUCCAAAGUUCUCCAUCGACGCCCAGACCGGAGAGAUCACCACUCGACACAUGUUCGACCGGGACGAACCGACCCGCGAAAAAGAAGUGUACCUGUCUGUGAGAGCCACGGACAACGGGAAACCGCAUCUGGACGACGUGUGCACCAUCAAAGUGACCAUUCAAGACGAGAAUGACAACUCACCGGUUUUCGACAAAGUGAACUAUGUUGAAUCCGUACCCCAAGACUUGCUGUCCAAAAGUGAAGUGAUGAGAAUAUCGGCCACGGAUAUCGACGACGGUAUAAACAGUGCCAUACAAUACGAUCUGUCGCCCAGAAUGCCGCAGGACUCGAAUUAUUUCCGCAUCGAUCAAAACACAGGCGUCAUAUACUUAGAUCGCGCAAUCGACCGAGAUCCCGGCUACAAGUUCAAGAUGCGAGCCACUGCCACAGAUCAAGGCUUGGUUCCAAAGUCAGCGACGAUGGAUCUAGAGAUCUUGGUGGUCGAAUCACACAAAAAAGCACCGACGUUCAUAUCCGUCCAGCCCGACAGAAUCAUCAGUCUGCCGGAGAACCUGACUAAUUUCAGUUUCGACAUUGCCACCAUCAUCGCAGCAUCGAACACGGAUGAAAAAGCGCCGGUUUUCGAAUUGGUGCCUGGCCGGACGGAACAAUCAAACAAAUUGAACACUUUCCGAUUGGAAUCCGAAGGUAACACCGCUCAUAUCAGAUUAUCGAGGCACAUGGACUACGAAUCGAUAUCCGAGUACAUUCUUAACAUUCGAAUACAGAACAAGCACAACCUGGCUGCCGAACACCAGUUGAACAUCCAAGUGGAAGACGUAAACGACAACAUACCGGUGUUCACCGAGGUCGUGUCCGGUUCCGUUCUGGAGAACGAACCGGCUGGCACCGCCGUGAUGCAGGUCCGAGCAAUCGACGCCGACUCGAGCAUGGCCAACAACCGCGUAACGUACGAGUUGGCCGACAACCGUGAUUAUUUCGCCAUCGACCCGUACACCGGUAACAUAACCACGGUUGUGAUGUUCGACCGCGAGAAACAAGAUGUGUACAACGUCAAGGUGAUCGCCACGGACAACGCUCCGUCGGCGCUGUACUCGACCGGUGAACACAACAAGGGCGAACAAGUAUUCCGGAUCGAAAUCGCCGACAAAAACGACCAUCCUCCUCAUUUUACCCAGUCCGUUUACGAAGCGGAAGAAAUACCGGAAGACGCCAACUUGAACGCUCUGGUCACGGAAGUAAAGGCCCUGGAUGACGAUACUGCGUCCCCGGUCACGUACAGCAUUGUGGAUGGAAACAUCUACAACGCGUUCCUGAUCGAAAACACGACCGGAAAAAUAAAAGUUAACAGUCAGCUGGACUACGAAAACAUCACUAACUAUGUAUUGAAAGUGAGAGCUUUUGACGGAGCUUACGAGGACUACUGUACAGUAGAGAUAAAAAUAUCCAAUGUCAACGACAACCCGCCUGUGUUCCGGCCGUACGACGGAAACAUCACAAUCACAGAAGAAGAACUCGUACCAGGAUGCAUAACUACAUUGGAAGCAUACGAUCCAGAUAUUCAGGACCGAUCCAUGGAUCAACGUAUCGUGUACUCUGUGGUCAAAGACGACCAACGAAAGUUAAUGACCAUCAACAAAAACGGAUGUCUGUCUCUCAUAAAACCCCUUGACCGCGAUCCACCAAAUGGUUAUGCUACGUGGCAAGUCAUCAUACAAGCCAGUGACGAAGGCGGUGGUCCGAAGAGCUUGCAACAAACCACAGAAGUCAUCAUUGCACUCAGAGACAUUAACGACAAUGCACCAUAUUUGGAUAUGCCCCAACCAGUAGUUUGGCGUGAGAAUCAAUUAUCUGGAACAAUAACACGACUGGCCGCCAAAGAUAACGAUGGACCUGAAAACGGUGCACCAUUUGAAUUUUUCAUCUCAUCUGAUGCCUCUUACGAAAUCAAAACAAAAUUUGGAAUUUCCGGUGUUGAACUUCAGGCUUUAACCACGUUUGAUCGUGAGGAGAAAAAGUUUUAUAAUAUACCCAUAACAAUAACUGAUAGUGGAAUACCUAAUUUAACGGGGACGAGUACACUCCAAGUAGUAAUAGGUGAUGAGAACGACAAUCCAAUGAAGCCUGGUAGGAGCUCCAUAUUUGUUUACACAUAUAAGGGCGAAUCUCCAGACAUGGAAAUUGGACGCGUGUAUGUUGAUGACUUGGAUGACUGGGAUUUGCCCGACAAAAAGUUCAAGUGGCUACAUGGGCCGCAUGAACGCUUUGACCUUAAGUCAGAAACUGGAAUGAUCACUAUGCUACAAAACACCAAAGAACAGACUUUUGUCUUGGAAUUUGAAAUCACGGAACAAGGAAUGAAGAUCCCCAGACAUACAGUGAAUUCGACUGUUAUUGUCACUGUUAAGGAAAUACCUGAAGAAGCUGUUGAUAAGUCAGGAUCGGUUAGAUUGGCAGGAAUUUCAGCUGAAGAAUUUAUUACCCCUGGUCCGGACAACAUAAGUAAGGCAACUAUUUUAAAGAAACGGUUGGCUUCAAUUUUAAAUGCCACUGUUGAAAAUGUUGAUGUAUUUACUAUUUUGCAUUCUCCUCACAAUCCCAACACUACCCAAUUGGAUGUACGUUUUUCGGCUCAUGGUUCCCCAUAUUAUCAACCUGAAAGAAUCAAUGCUGCUAUUGAUAAACAUCAACUAGAGCUUGAAAAAGAAUUAGGUGUCACUUUUCUCAUGGUCAAUAUUGAUGAAUGUCUUGUCGAAAAACUUUAUUGUGAAUCGUCCUGUACAAAUUUCUUGAACAAAAGCAAUGAACCAGCUGCUGUAUACACAAAUACCACAUCAUUCGUUGGGAUACGAGCUGUGAUAGAUCCAUUUUGCCAGUGCGAACAGAGAGCAACCACUAAAAUCACAUGUCAUAAUGGUGGUACUCCAACAUCAGAUGGUACUGUAUGUCAGUGUCCUUCUGGUUUCGAAGGACCUCGAUGUGAAAUUCUCAGCAUUGGUUUUUACGGUGAAGGUUAUGCCUUAUAUCCAUCCUUACAAUCUUGUAUGGAGUCUCAUAUGUCAUUGGAAGUGCGCACCUCUGUUGACAACGGUCUAUUAUUUUACGCCGGGCCCAGCAGUGUCAAACCGUCUCCAUUGUCUGUACAAGAUUUUAUGUCAUUGGAGCUCAAAGAUGGUUAUCCUGUACUUUUGGUAGACUAUGGCUCUGGAACACUCAAAAUUGGACAAAAACAAAUUAAAAUAUCUGACGGAGAACCACAUCGCAUCGAAAUUAUUUGGACCAAAACUAGCAUUGAAAUGAAAGUAGACAGCUGCAAUCUUCCAUCAUGCUUAAGCCUUAGCCCUCCAAUAGGAAUCAACGAAUAUUUAAAUGUCAAUGGACCUUUACAACUUGGUGGAUCAUUUGUCGACCUUAAAGCAAUAGCAUCCACACGCAAUUGGACUCAUAAACCUUUUAGCAAUGGAUUCAACGGUUGUAUACGUAAUUUAACAUUCAAUGGUCAUCUAUACAACUUGGGUGCUCCUAGUAUGUCUCGCAAUGUUGACUUUUCAUGUACACAUGGUACAGCAGUUGCUGUGUCAUUUGGUAUUGACGCUAGCUUCUUGAUAGCCAUUUUUGUGUGUCUAGCUGUCUUAUUGAUAUUGUUGCUAGCAGUAGUAGUGCAUAGAAGAAAGUCUGAUGAUUUGUACAAAGACACCGAUGAUAUUAGAGAAAACAUAAUCAACUAUGAAGAUGAAGGUGGCGGCGAAGGAGACAUGACCGGUUAUGACUUGAACGUUUUGCGGCUUAUGUUUGAUGGCUCAGAACCUAAUCAAGGAUUUGAUGAUUCUGGAAAUUUAUUGCAAAAACGUGCUCCAGAUGAAGUUCCGGAUAUUUGUGGCUUCCUUGGUGACAAACUGAACUCAGUAGAUAAUGAUCCAGAUUUAGGUCCGUAUGAUGAUGUCCGCAAUUAUAUGUAUGAAGGUGAAGGCAAUUCAGUUGGAUCACUUUCAUCAUUAGCUUCAGGUACAGAUGACGGGGACUUAAACUUUGAUUACCUUUCUAACUUUGGACCGAGAUUCCGCAAAUUGGCUGAUAUGUAUGGCGAAGAUCCAAGUGAUGAAGAAAGUGAAACGUACCGCAAUACUCAUCCCGAGUCGUGGUGCUAA